UACCACACGAUAUGUGACGUCACUUCACAGAACUUUCCAGGCUCUUUAAACGUCUGUGAGAGGCGAGAAGAUUUAAUUAAUAGCAUAUAUCAAUUCAUUUAUCAACAAAAUGCGUGAAUGCAUCAGUAUCCACGUCGGACAGGCGGGAGUCCAGAUAGGAAACGCCUGCUGGGAGUUGUACUGUCUGGAACACGGACUCCAGCCAAAUGGUCAGUUGGCCGGUGACAAGAAAAAGGGACAGACUGAUGACUCAUUUGAUACCUUCUUCAGUGAGACCUCAUCUGGUAAACACGUGCCUCGGGCUGUGUUUGUUGAUCUUGAACCUACAGUGGUUGAUGAAGUCCGAACAGGAAAGUACCGCCAGCUGUUCCAUCCGGAAUACCUCUUAACUGGAAAGGAGGAUGCAGCGAACAACUACGCCAGAGGCCACUACACUAUUGGAAAGGAGUAUGCUGAUCCCGUCUUGGAUUUGGUCCGGAAGUUAGCAGAUAACUGUUCCGGACUUCAAGGUUUCCUGAUCUUUCACAGUUUCGGGGGAGGAACUGGCUCAGGUUUCGCGUCUUUGUUAAUGGAACGGCUGAGCGUUGAUUACGGAAAAAAGUCAAAGUUAGAGUUCGCUGUAUACCCAGCGCCGCAGGUAUCCACUUCCGUUGUUGAGCCGUACAACUCAAUCCUGACGACCCAUACAACACUGGAACAUUCUGACUGCGCAUUCAUGGUUGAUAAUGAAGCAAUCUACGAUAUUUGCAAACGUAAUCUUGAUAUUGAAAGUCCAUCUUAUAUCAACUUGAACAGAAUAAUCAGCCAGAUUGUCAGCUCCAUAACAGCCUCCCUUCGAUUCGAUGGAGCCCUGAAUGUGGACCUUAACGAAUUCCAGACCAAUCUUGUUCCGUAUCCGCGUAUCCACUUUCCGUUAGCAACUUACGCUCCUAUCAUUUCCGCAGAGAAAGCGUAUAACGAACAGUUAGGAGUAGGUGAAAUCACUUCAGCUUGUUUUGAGCCAUCGAACCAAAUGGUGAAAUGUGACCCACGAAACGGAAAAUAUAUGGCUGUCUGCUUGCUAUACCGAGGUGAUGUGGUUCCGAAGGAUGUCAACAAAGCUAUUGGAACCAUCAAAACCAAGCGAUCGAUUCAGUUUGUAGAUUGGUGCCCAACAGGUUUCAAGGUCGGGAUCAACUACCAGCCUCCCACUGUCAUCCCUGGAGGCGAUCUUGCUAAAGUUCAAAGAGCUGUCUGUAUGUUGAGUAACACUACUGCUAUUGCCGAAGCCUGGGCUCGUCUUGAUCAUAAGUUUGACCUGAUGUACGCACGCCGUGCCUUCGUCCAUUGGUACGUUGGGGAGGGGAUGGAGGAAGGAGAGUUUUCCGAGGCGAGAGAAGAUUUGGCUGCACUUGAGAAGGACUAUGAAGAAGUUGCAGCCUGCGAUGAAGUGGACGAUCAGGAAGAAUAUUGAUUUGAUGAAACCAUUCAGAAUAUCUUACUUUUAUAACGUCAUAUUCUAUACCAACUCAGAGGAUUUUUGAAAAUAAAAAAUAUGUGAAAUUUAAGCAGCCUUCAUGGCGGGGAAAAAACAGCAACUCAGAAGAUUGCAAGAAAAUCCCAGUGAACAAACUUUGAAAAUAAGAAAUAUGUGAAAUUUAAGCAGCCUUGACGUCGGGGAAAAAACAGCAUCUCAGAGGAUUGCAAGAAGAUCCCAGUAAACAACUUUUGAAAAUAAGAAAUAUGUAAAAUUUAAGCAGCCUUAAUGGCGGGAAAAAAACAGCAAGGGGUGAUUUUCAUGUUUUCUAUGGAUAAGUAAAUGUAUCCGAUCACACAAGAAAUAAAGCUACAAUCGAGUAUUUCGAAAGUCAUUCAAAACAAAGCAAAGCUGUUCAUAAAUAAAAGCUCUCGUGGAUUUUUUUCGGGAAUCAAUAUCAACGGAAUUAGCCUCUCCCUGUAUAUGUAAAGAUACAUUUACCUACUACAUAUAUCAUACUAGUGAUGAUAAGCUUGUAGGUAUCCUUAUAAGUAUUCUAAUGAAAUGACCGAGACACACAUUGUAAUGUUCUUUUCUAUUGUUCUUAUAAGCAAGAAACAGAUUAAAUGUAAAAGCAAGAGUAAA